AUGUCCAGUAUCAAGAACUCUUUGGUUAGUUUCAUCUACAAACUGGAAAAUGAGUAUGAUCGGCUGACAUGGUGAGUGAUGGCCUUCUGGCAUAGGUCUUAGACCACGGUCCUGCCGUCUUACAUAGUUUACAAAGGAAAUAAAAGGCUAGCUUAAUAAAGGGUUAACCUAGCUCCUGCAGCAAAGGCUGGGCUGGCACACAUUCUAUGAUAUAUUUUUUUUUAUGCACACAAUUAUCAUUAGCCUGCCCAGAACUCUCUCCAAUCUCUGUCUUUGUUUACUUCUAUUGUAUUUCAAAGCCGCAUUAAGGGGAAAGGGGCAUGAUAAUAAAAGGGCAGUGAUUGGCUGUGGGGGAUAUCAUGUCUGCAGCUCCGCUCACACAGAAUACGUCUAGUAAGGAAAUUGGUACGUGAGAAAGGUGUGACUGAUAGGGUGGGUAUGCACUACAGAAUGGUGAAAAACUAUAUGACAAUAUGAAUAUGGAGAAAAUGCAGCAUGAAUAUGAGGCAAAGCCCUAUCAGAGUGUGCCUGGAGUGUCACUUUAUUUGUAAACCAAUCAUGUUCUUGUGUCACUAUGUACUCUGCCCAGCACAUUCCUGACAUCAGUCCAUUCACAGGCAUCUUAUAUCCAUGAUAUGGACAAAUUAUGCUAAUUUUAAAGACCAUUCAGUUCAAUCUAUAAUCUGCGCUAGAAAAUAUAUAGAUUUUAGUUUAAAGUUCUUUAAAAUAGUUCUCUUCUGCCUGUCAUGUCCUCAGCAUUGGACCUGUGUGCCAGCUGUGGACUGAGUGACAAGGGAAACAUGAGAACUCUUCUCCGGGUGGUCCUUUACUCACACUGCUUUCUCCCCCAGCAGGUUUCUCACUCUUUCUGAGGGAGUAUGAGAUGCGCUGAUGUGCUGGCAAGUGAGCAUCCGCCCUGCUUUAGUGAAGAGCAGGAAAUCAGACCCCGUUAGCAAGCCAGGCCUGCUGGGUGAUGGAUGACAGAACAGGUCAAGAGUGACUCUCGGUCGAAUAACUCUGAUGGCAACAGAUAAUUACAAAUUUACUUUAAAAAUAAAAAAAAUUAAUAUACAUCUUAAAAGAUUCAAAUAAUCAUAAUAUGACCGUAAAUGUAAGAAACGUUUACGAGAUGAGUGAAAAUUCAGUGGCAGUUGCCAUUAGUAUACUUCUCAAUAAGCCAAAAAACAUUGAAUGUAGUUCAUUGUGAAGUGUGAUUUGUCAGCCGUGCACAAUUUGCAGACUUCUCUGAUUGGACAGUGUCAGGCGUGCACAAUUUGCAAGGCUUCUCUGAUUGGACAAUGUCAGGCGUGCACAAUUUGCAAGGGUUCUCUGAUUGGACAGUGUCAGGCGUGCACAAUUUGCAAGGCUUCUCUGAUUGGACAAUGUCAGGCGUGCACAAUUUGCAAGGGUUCUCUGAUUGGACAAUGUCAGGCAUGCACAAUUUGCAAGGCUUCUCUGAUUGGACAGUGUCAGGCAUGCACAAUUUGCAAGGCUUCUCUGAUUGGACAAUGUCAGGCGUGCACAAUUUGCACGGCUUUUCUGAUUUAAUUGCUGCUAAAUCUUGCGGCAAUUACUCUAUCUUAAUUCUCCUUGAUCUUUCUGCUGUCUUUGACACUGUUGAUCAUCAACAGCUUCUUCACAUUCUCUGUAAUUUUGGUCUACGGGAUACUGCUCUCUCCUGGUGCUCCUCCUACCUCUCCAGCGCUCUUUCAGUGUUUCUUUCUCUGAAUCUGGCUCUUCCUCCCAACCACUCUCUGUCAGCGUCCCCCAAGGUUCUGUCCUUAGUCCCCGACUGUUCUCUAUCUCUCAUGGUAAACUCAUCAAUUCCUUUGGCUUCCGUUAUCAUUUCUAUGCAGAUGACACGCAAAUCUACCUGUCCUCUCCUGAUCUCUCUCCGCCCAUCUUCUCUCGUGUCUCUGACUGCCUCUCUUCGAUUUCUAAAUGGAUGGCUGCUCACUUCCUUAAACUCAAUCUGUCCAAAACAGAACUUCUGGUCUUUCUUCCCUCAAGUGUUACUACUUAUGUGUCUGUCUCCCUCCAAGUCAACUGCGCUACCAUCACCUCUAGCUCGCUUCCUUGGUGUUCUUUUUUACUCCAACCUCUCCUUCACCCCUCAUGUCCAAUCAAUCGCCAAAUCCUGUCUCUUCCAUCUCAAAAACAUAGCGAGCAUCCUCCCCUAUUUAACCCUGGAUGUGGUUAAGGUGCUGGUCCAUGCUCUUGUUCUCUGUCGCCUGGACUACUGCAAUACUCUUCUCAGUGGUCUUACGUGUUCCCAGAUUGCACCGUUGCAAUCUAUAAUGAAUGCAGCGGCAAGGCUCAUUUUCCUGUCCGCUCACGCCUCCCCGCACUGUCAGUCCCUGCAUUGCCUUCCAAUUUAAAAUUCUGGUGCUUGCUUACAAGCCCCUACAUAAUGCUGCUCCAACCUACCUAUCCUCCCUAAUACACAAGUAUGUCCCGUCGAGGCCCCUAUGCUCUGCCAAAGACCUAAGUUUAUCCUCUGUCCGUACUCCCACCUCUAAUGCUCGCCUCCAAGACUUUUCUAGGGCUGCACCUCUUCUAUGGAACUCCCUUCCCUUCUCCAUAAGAAUUUCACCCAGUCUCCACUCAUUCAAAAAUCAUUGAAAACUCACUUCUUCAAGAAAGCAUAUCAAUUAAACUGUUAGCAGGUUUUUAUCCCCCACCCCCCUUGACUCCUCUCCUGCAACUGUCAAAAAUGACCUACUAAGCCCUCAGUAAAUACUUUUCUAACAACCUACUUCGUACUCCUAAUUUUACACUUUGUGUCACUGUACCCCACUCCCUCUAGAAUGUAAGCUCAUUGAGUUGUCUGGUUACAAUUACAUGUUUGUUAGUUCUCCCACUGUACAGCGCUACGGAAUCUGAUGGCGCUAUAUAAAUAAUAAUAAUUGGACAAUGUCAGGCGUGCACAAUUUGCAAGGCUUCUCUGAUUGGACCACCCGCAAUAGAAGUGUACAGAUCAUUAAUUGCGCAGAAGCUGCGGUUAACCACAGCUACUUGACGAACAACUGGGUGGUCACAGUUCGUUUGAACGAACAUGUGGCGGUGGCUAUUUUAAACUGACGAAUGCCCAGCGGUGUUUGGUCGUGGUCCGCGUGGAACUAUUUUUGACCACAAUUUCACAUGAACACCACUGGGACUAUCCAACUUCUACCUCUUUCGUCUCCAUGUAAACGAACGCCGUGUCGUUCAGUACAUUCAAUAUACGAACGAGACCGACCCCAGAUAGCUAAAUCCAUGGAGCCAAUUUGGGACAUAUUUCGAGCGAACAGUCGGUGAACAGACUUUGUAGCUCCAUGGCGUUUGGACUGGGUUUGUGGGAUCUGAGCGCUGUUCGGUUAGAUUGAGCGCUCAGACCCAAUGUACCUGGGGAUAUAUUGAAAUGUGUGGGUUCUGUUCGGUAAAAUAAGUUAUAUAUUUUAAUGUAUUUUGUUACCUUUGUAAAAUGGAAAUAUUUUCUCUACCUGGAGAUAAUUGAGUUUACUACAGACACUUAACCCAAUUAUCUCCAGGAUAGAAAGGAGGGAUUUCACUGUUUAUGUGGGAGUGUUUUAUAUUGUACUGUAAAAUAAUUGGUUACUGUAACUUGUAUCUCAGUCCUCCACAAGGUCCCCGUGGGAGUAUCCCUUGCUGGAGGACCUGCAUAAAAGGCCGAGUUGUGGCCAUCCAUAAACAAUCGUUUUACCUCUUCAUGAAGGUCCUCUUCAUGGGGGAUUGAGAGUUAUAAUCACUAUUCUGCUCUACUUUAGCUUGAAUUUCGGGAGAAGCUACCAAGAUUGCAUUGGCCUACAUCCGUUCCACCCUUGCUCCUCCCGCAGGUUGUUUCUGGUUGGGGCCCCAAACAGGGCAAACCUCCUCCAUGACACCAACACGCUGUCUGCAUUCUGACAUUCCUGUACUCCCUAGGGACCAACCACAUCCCAACCAUCAUAUGUGCACUGUGUUGCUAUUAUUAUUUAUAAAGUGCCAACAAGUUCCGUAGCGCUGUACAAUGGGUGGACUAACAGACAUGUAUUUGUAACCAGACAAGUGGAAAUACAGGAACAGAGGGGCUCAAUGAGCUUACAUGCUAGAGGUAGUGCGGUAAUGUGAUACAAAGGGUAAGGAUAGGGUCAAAAAGUAGAUUUGGUAGGAUAGUAUUUACUGAAGACUUAGUGGUCUGUUUUUUUUGUUUUUUUUUAUGACAGUUGCAGGAGAGGAAUCAGUGUGGGGGACUAUUAACAGUUUAAUUGAUAUGCUUUCCUGAAGAAGUCAGUUUUCAAUGAUUUUUUUUUUUUUAAGGAGUGGAGAUUGGGUGAAUGUCUAACGGAGAAGGGAAGGUUGUUCCAUGGGAAUGGUGCAGCCCUAGACAAGUAUUUAAGGCGGGCAUUAGAGAUGGGAGUACGGACAGGGGAUAGGGUCUUAGCCGGGACAUACUUGUGUAUUAGGGAGGAUAUAUAGGUGGGAGCAGCAUUGUGUAGAGAUAUACUAUGCUUGGAGAGCAGAAGGAUUGCCUGCGGGUGCUCUCUCUCCCCACCUUUUUCAAUCCGUUAUUUGGAAUAGGUGGAAGAAAAACCUAAUUUUACAUUGGAGUUUUUCUAGUGAUGUAUCACUCCUCCACUCCUCCUGGCAAGAGUACAACGACCAGUUGGAUUUUCAUGUUAAAUGUAUAUGUGUAUUUUUAAAUAUGACUUUGUAUUUUUAAUAUUAUGCUGUACACUAUUGUUACAAUGCAGUGUUGGUGGGCUAAGGAGAGAGAAAUCUCGAUGUAUCCUUCCUGGUAAAAUAUUUUAUAAAUAAUAAAUAAAUUUCACAGGCAUAUUUCUUCAAACUUCCUAAAAUUCCUGCAUUUACUAGUUUGCGGAUACGUUUUUCAAACUGUCGGGUGACAUUUACAAUUCCCACUGUGCACUCAAAAGCGUUUAUUCUUACAGUCAGGGCCGGAUUAACAUAGGGGCUGAUGGAACUGCAGCUCCAGGCCCAGGCCCAUGGAAUAGGCCCAUUUAAAAAAAAAAUUUUUUUUUUUUACACACUACUCUUAGGUUUGCCACCUGACUGGUAUUUUAAUGGCACAGAUGGUAUUUGAGGCUGCCUGGUCGUGCCGGUAUUGCAGUAAUACCGGCAAUACAAAUGCAGGUCAUUUUCUCAGAAUAAAUGGAAAUUACUCUGCAAUACCAUCACCAGCCAGUAGGGGUCACUGUGUGUGGAGAGAGGCAGGGAUAGGAAGUUACAGAAUAUCCCUGCCUCUCUCUGCUACUCACUGAUCCGUGGGGGAGCAGCUACACAGCACAGAGAGUCCAGACAGCAGCUCUACAGCUCAGGUAAGUGAGGGAUGGGGGGAAAGGCAGCAGGGACACAUGGGGACACUGAGACACUAGGGGACACAUGGAGACACUAGGGGACAUAUGGGGACACUGAGACACUAGGGGACACAAACACUAGCACACAGACACUGGGAGACCUGGGAACACUGAGACACUUGGGGACAAUGAGACAUUAGGGGACACUGAGACACUUGGGGACAUAUGGGGACACAGACACUAGGGGACACAGACACUAGGGAACACAUGGGGACACAGACACUAGGGGACACUGAGACACUAGGACACAUGGGGACACAGACACUAGGAGACCUGGGGACACAGACACUAGGGGACACAUGGGGAUGCUGAGACACAUGGGGAUGCUGUGAGACAUAGGGACAUUGGGACACGGCGACACUAUGUCCCCCAGCCAGUGUCCCUAGUGUCUCAGUGUCCCCAAGUCUCCCAGUGUCUGUGUCCCAUGUCUCUCAGUGUGCCUUGUGUCCCAGUGUCCCCAUGUCUAUGUCCACAACUGUCCCCAUGUCUCCCCAAGUGUCUGUCUCCCAGACAGUGUCCACUAGUCUCCCAGUGUCCCCUAGUCUCCCAGUGUCUGUGUCCCCAAAUGUUUCAGUGUCUCCAUGUCUCCCAGUGUCUAUGUUCCUAGUGUCUCAGUGUGCCUGUUGUCCCCAUGUCUCCCAGUGUCCCUAUAUGUCCCAGUGUCCACAUGUCUGUCCCCAUGUCUCCCAGUGUCCCCAUGUCUCCCAGUGUCCCCAUGUCUCCCAGUGUCCCCAUGUCUCCCAGUGUCCCCAUGUCUCCCAGUGUCCCCAUGUCUCCCAGUGUCUCCAUGUCUCUGUGUCCCCGGGUCUCUCAGUGUCCCCAGUAUCCUAGUGACAUGGGGACACACUGAGACAUUGGGACACUGGGAGAAAUGGGGACACAGACACUGGGAGACUAGGGGACUGGGCGACAUGGGGACACUGACACUGUGAUACAUAGGGACACUGAGACACUGGGUGACUUGCGAGACUGAGACACUGGGAGCAAUCCAUCUAUACAGCAGAAUCAAACUGUGAGUAGUUUGUUGGUGAUUUUACAGAAUUUUCUCUGAUGUCACUCCUUGUGAUUUACAUCAUGUGAUGUCACGCAUAACUAAUUAUACAAUUGAUUAAGGCUGGUAUUUUUUUCCAAGAAAGGUGGCAACCUUAACUACUCUUCACAUACUCUUGCUUAAAGGAGCACUAUAGUGUCAGGAGCACAAUCAUGUAUUUCUUACCCUAUUAUGUUAAAACCACCACCCUGGCCCCUUCUUGCCUCCCUAAAUAUAGUAAAAUAUUACUUGUAUUCAAUUCUGCAGCUGCUGGCUCAGAAGUGAUGAUCUGAGCAAAUUGCAAUACUUCCCCAUAGGAUUGGCUGAGACUGUCAAAGAGGCAGAUCAGGGGCAGAGCCAGCACAAGUCCAACAUAGCCCUGGCCAAUCAGCAUCUCCUCAUAAAGAUAAAUUGAAUCAAUGCAUCUCUAUGAGGAAAGUUCAGUGUCUGCAUGCAAAGGGUGGAGACACUGAAUGGCAGUGCUGCAUACUAGGCAGUACUGCCCCAGGAAGCACCUCUAGCAGCCAUCUAAGGAGUGGCCAGUGGAGUUAUUUUCUCUGAAAAGACAGUGUUUACUGCAAAAAGCCUGAAUGGAAUGAUUCUACUUACCAGAACAAAUACAAUAAGCUGUAGUUGUUCUGGUGAUUAUAGUGUCCCUUUACGUUUGGAAGCUUAAGAGGGAUGUAUGGGAACAAAACUUGUGUGCACUGACUGACAUUAAAGUUAGUUUAGGUAAUGCAGACGUUGGUCUCUCUAACACUGUGGCAUGUCCCUUUUCUUCUACACUCACUACAGACACAUUUUCUCUGUCUCAGACUAUAUACCAGGACCUUCUGCCUGCUAGUAAGAAGGUAAGGAGACAAGUGGACCAGCGAGUGCUAGGGGACAGUCCUUAGAAAGAGUGAGCGCAUCAUUAGACGCAUUUAUGUCAAGUCAAGGUGCUGCCUGCAUAGUAUGCCCUUAGUUGGACAGCCUGCAGGAUUGGCAGGCAGCCUGACAUGCAUUCAUGCCAGGCUGACCUUCCAAUUCUUUGGACAAACAUGCCCCCUUUUUGGGCAUGUUCACCCCUUUUGGCAGGUCUUGUCACGUGAUUCGUGGAAGUGGCACACCCUUUUACCCCGCCCAUUGACUUCCUGCUUCACUGGACUCUGCUGUUAGGGGUUAUGGACUUACUUGAAAGAUUAAAGCAUAAAUUAGAGAGAAAUUAGCAUAGAGUAUGUGUUUUCUUAUAGCUGCAUCCUAUGAAUUUCCCUCCAGCACCAUCUCCAUCAGAUACAUGACACUUGGGAGGUAUGAUUGUUUUAGUGUUUUUGGUCGAUAAGAUUCAUAAUUAGGCCCAUCAUAAUUGUCAGCACCAGGCCCACUGUGCUCUUAAUCCGGCCCUGCUUACAGUAAUAGUCGUGAAUACAGCACUCACAGGUAAUUCCAAUGCAAAUUAUGGUCUUUCAUUUCUUUGAUGUCUCUUCCCAGGCCAUCAGUCUUAGAUAACUUUGCUCUGCUCUCUGGGCAGCUGAACACAUUGAAUAAGGUAUUAAAAAAUGAGAAGACCCCCCUCCUAAAAAACCAAGUAAUCAUCCCACUUCUCCUGUCUCCUGACAGAGAUGAGGAAAUCAUGGUAAGUUGCGUUUUAUUUUCAGAAAAAGUUCCAAAACUUGCAUUCCGUAUAUAUCUCUGCUCUUCUUGCAGAUACCCUUCCACCUGCCCACUCUUCUGCCUUGACUUGUAACCCUCUUCUCUCAUUUCUUCCGCCUAUCUCCAGAAGUACUCCCUCGCUGCCCCUAUGUAUAAAGCCACAUACAUUUCUGGCUUUUUAUAAAUGUGAAAUACACUAGUGUGUGCUGAGACUAGAUAUCUCCCUAUCUCCCUAUCUUCAGCGUUUAACAGAAGGCCGGGUACCAGUCUUCAGCCACGAAGUAGUCCCUGAUCACUUAAGGACCAAACCUGACCCAGACGUGGAAGAAAUUGAGAAACAGCUUGGUGCCGAGGCAGCACGACUUACCCCAGAGGCAGCUCAGGUUGAUAUACUCUGUCAACUGGUGUGGGACUUUUCACAGAAGGAAAGUGUUUCAUGUGAGCUAACAUUGUCUUCUUAUUGUAGAAACAAGUCCAGUGUCUGAAUAAGAUGUGUUCCAACCUACUGGAGAAGAUUAUCAAGGAAGAGAGGGAAUCUGAAAUUGGAAGUGAGUGUGAAAUCAUUUGUGAACUAAUCAGGUGUUAGGUUUGUGUCUUUGCCAUCAUAAACUGAUGUUAAUUUUCAUUUUUAAUUUAAGAUCUGUUAACUCAGCAGGAGCAUAAUGGUGGCCAUCCUGUCUGUAUUGCCCAUUGACCCACAAGGGUCGAUAGUCUUUUUUUUUUUUUUUCUUCCCAAACUGCUUGGGGUCAGUGUAAACUACCAACUUCAUUAGUUCCACUGAUAAUAUGGAAUUUACACCAUCUUUUCCAUCCAACCAGGACAGCUGUGAUUGGCUCUAGACAUUGGUUUAGCUCACUUGCUCCCUACCACCACUGUCCAGGCUGAAUGGGUGUGAGAGUUCUAAUGUGGAAAUGUAAAUUCUGUAUUAUCAAUGAAGCUGAAGAGGGCUCCAUCUAUGGUUGCCAAGAGAGACACUGUCUCCAAACAGCUCUCAAAACCGUUUGCUAAAAACAUUAGAUGGCACCACAAGACUUGACUGUAUUGAUACUGAUAAGGUGCUUAGAAUAUCCCUUUUAUCAAAGUGCUCUGCUUCUUGGAUAAAACUUUACUACUGUAGUGCCAAUUGAUUCUUAUUUAAAGGGGAACUAUAGUGGUGACACUAUAGUUCCCACCUCCCCCCACUAGAGGUGGAGUAACCCCACAAAGCUAAUUAUGGCAGUUUAUUAAAAAUAAAUCUGCAAUAAUUUGCUUUACAGGAGUAAGGGUGCUGGGACAGUGCACCCAGACCAUGUCAAUGAGCUGUAGUAGUCUGGGUGCCUAUAGUGUCCCUUUAAAGUCGUACUCCACUGUAGCGAUUUGAAGUUGUCAUGGUGCCUGGAGACUGUAUGUGCAUUGUUUUGCUUUUAAACUGCUGCACUUACAGAGUUUAACCCCUUUUCUGCUGGUGGGGUAACACCACCAUUGGCAGCGUCAUAGGAUGUCAUCAGCCUAGAGUUCCAGGCUAUCUAAUGUCAAGUCUGUGCAACUUUUAUUGCACAGAAUGUAAGCCAUUGGCUGAAAGCAGUCAGUUGACACUCUCAACCAAUGAUGGUGACUGGAUCAGCUUCUGCAGCUUCACAGAACCCAGACACAUAUCACCAGAGGGUAAAGGAGCCUCAGAGGACAGUGGGGAUCCAGGUGACAGGGAAACCAUUGUUAAAAACAGGCAAUGUAUUAUAUAAACUGAGGAUUGUAAAUAAGGCCUAGAGUUUGACAUUUCUCUGUCUAACAAGCCAAAAUGGGAAACGUGGCGAUUUUUGGACUAACAUAUGCAAUUCUCUAUAAUUCCUGAUUUAAUAAACUGAAAACACAUAUGUAUUCACUUAAAGAGACACUAUAAGCAACAAAACAACGUUGGCUUAAUGAAGCAGUUUCUGUGUAUAUAUCAUGCCCCUGCAUUCUCCAUGCUCAAUUCUCUGCUAUUUAGACGUUACGUCACUUUGUUUAUGCAGCCCUAGUCACACCUCCCCUGGCUGAGACACACACUUGUAAAUUCUUAUAUAGCUGGCAGUUUUACAAAGGGUCCGAGAAAGGGUUAUUCGCUAAAAAUUGAAUUUUCAUAAAUUAAACCCAGAUGAAAAAAUGAAUGAAAAAUAUCUGACCUAAAAAAUAAUUGCCAUUUGAAUGUUAAUUGCAAAUUGUUACGAACGCUGGUAUUUCAGAUACCCGUUCGCUUUCGGUGCCUCCCAAACUGCUAAAGAAUGAGUGAUUUAUAGCUCACAGUUCGUUUUCCAGAAGAAAAUGUAGUAUCCAAGUAAAUUCUCCAAGCAAUCAGACGUAUACCUUAAACUAGAUGUAGGGUACAACAGGAAAUUAAUUCAUUCAGGCCAACUGGCCGGUUUAUAUGCAAGUCCCGAUGCAAGGGGUUUACUGUGACAUAUUCCAGGGGCAUUCCCCAUUGGACCUGAGAGGGGACUAUGGCAAAGUACACACUGUAAUUACAGGACACUCUCACACAAAACAAGAUAAUCCUUCCCCUUGUGCCUGAGAGAUAAUUGAGUCAGGAACUGUACUAAACUCCAUUAUCUCCAGGCACAGAAAACAUACAUUUUACAACACCCCGAAAGUGCCCCCAAAACACAUAGAAACCCCACAAACAUCAUACCCCCUAAUAGCCCCGAUCUGGGGAGACCAACAAAUACAAAAAUCACCCAGAUCGGUUCAGGGGUUCGGGAUUUCCAUGGAAGCCAUUAUUUGACCAACCGCACACGAGGCCCCUGCCCAAAACAGUUCUAGAGAAUCAGGGCUUGUGGUCGGUCUAGUUCAGUAGUUUAAAAACCAAACAAACUACCAAACAUAGUCAAUAGUCUUACCCUGGAGCUUGUUCCCCUCAUCCAGACGAACAAUUCCACUAAACAGUGCCCUUCUAAGUGGUGUAGAACCGAACGCAGGCGAUGAUGGAAGUCUAGCAGUGUUAGGGAGUUUCCUUGUCCAAUUUUAGUUCCAGGAACUCGACAACCAAACACCGCUGCCUGCAUUCAUGCGAACAAGAUGGCCGCCUCGUCGUGGUCGUUCAUGUGAACAGUGGCCACCCAGAAAACCAUUCGAACACUGCGGUUAGAAUCGUUACUAAGUGUUAAUAGGGUUUAACAAGCUCCCGGGUGGUCUUUGGUUCAUGCGGCUGUUCGGUUCCCGAACCACAUAAUCCCAAUUGCACGAACAGAGCCUUUUUAAAGUCUAUUAGCCAAGGUCUAUUGCUGGGGCCAAAGUCCUAAGGCAAGAGGCUGGCCAGCAGUCUCCUGCAAGAACCCAUGACGAGGUUCAGUUCGUCUCACAAAUAACCUUGAAAGUAUUUUUCAGUCAGGAUAAUAAAACAAAGUAGGAUCUUUCAAAAUCACCAAACAGGUCAGUAAAUGUAAUGCAUACAAGGAAAAAGGGGGGGAUUUGAGGGCACACCUAGAAUACGUAUCUUUUAGCAAUGGCGCUGGCAUAGAGAACAAAAUUUAUAUAUUACACAGACUAAGGAACAGCACACACUAAAGACAUAUUUACAUUUUUAAAAGCGUCUUAAAAUCCCUUAUCUCGGCAAAUAAAUAUGGGGAUUCAGUUCCACCACAAACCCAUAUUGUGAUGAGCCUAUCACUACCUCCCAGUUCCCGCGAUUUCAUUGGGUUUUACUCGAAUUACGUCACAGUAACCUGAUAUCGGUGGGUCCUACACUAAUUACAUCACAUCCCCCCCGAUAUUGGUGGGUCCUACACUAAUUACAUCACAGUGCCCUGAUAUUGGUGGGUCCUACACGAAUUACAUCACAGUGCCCCGAUAUUGGUGGGGUCUACAAUAAUUUAAAUCACAGUACCCUGAUAUCGGUGGGUUCUACAAUAAUUACAUCACAGUAUCCCGAUAUCGGUGAGUCUUACACUAAUCCCAUAGGAAAGCAUUGGGUGACUAUUGCGCAUGCAUGUCAAAACGCCACGUUCAGGGGCUCUACGCAGAGCAAAGAGAUGCUGAAUGCCGGUGCUGCACACUGUUUAGCACUGACACAGGACACACCUCUAUUAGCCAUCUUAAUGCCUAUAUAUCAAAAUUUGGAAAAUUCCAAAACUCCAUUUUUCUUUACUGUGGCUAUAAUUUGCUUAAAACUUGCAUUCAAUGUCUUGCAAGCUCUCUUUUUUUUCUAAUUUUUCUUUUUUUACAUUUUUAUUUUUGUGCAUGAACACAGACAGUAAAACAUGAAAUGUAGAAGAUAAAAUUAUUCACAGAAAUUGAUACAUACAAUCAAGUACAUCGAAAACUCGUCUGGAAACGAGGACGAUAAAGAUAUUCAAGUUAGCAGCAGCCUAAUAAACAUUAAACCAGAGAGAUAUAGACAUUUCUUAAAAUGGAGUGAACAGAAAGUCUUGUCUUAGAAGAAGGUACUUCGUAUAAACAAGGAUAUUUUCAGCUAGUCAUAUAUGGAGAUUCAUACCAUGUAUACUUUAAAAGCCACAGACUAUGAAGACUAUAUCUUGAAAUGAUUCCAGGGUGUAUACAGUAAAAAAUAUCUGCUCUUCUUUUAGAUUUACGUCAGAACAAGCAGACCUAUAAUCCCACAGACACAAAUGCUUUGGUGGCGGCAGUAGCAUUCGGAAAAGGGCUCUCAAAUCGCCGCCCUCCUGGGCAAGGUGGACCUAUGGCUUCAGGUCAGGCUGCAGGAGGAAUGCUCCAGGGAUCUGCAGGAAUGACCCAGGGUCCCAUGACCAUGCAGUCUAACCAGCAGCAGCAUAUGACAGGAGUGUCUAUGGCACAGGGUAGCCAGCCAGGUAAAGGCGAAGCUUCCUGAUCUCUUCUUUUGUUUACAUUAUUUUCAAAUAAUUUUUAUUAUAUGUUUUUUUUACUUUGGGAACAACAACUAGGGAAAGGGUACAGAAUGAAAAAGUUAAAUAUAUUCCUCCAACCACAACAAUAUAAAUAUGUAUUUGAAAAAACUAGGACAUUAUAAAACAUAUACUGAAAUAUGGUCAUUACAAGUUAUACGAUAUAGUUAAAAUUACAACCCAUAAAUUGUAGAAUAGUUUCAAAUCUACAGGCUAAUGUUAAAAUGAUUGUCUUGAUUAAAAAUAACUGUAUAUUUGUAUACUCUAAUCUCCCCACAUGGGGUACCCAGCCCUCUCACAGUAAAAUAAUUAAAAUGUAAGACCAUUAGAGAAACACCUCUGAGUUUAGAGAGGCUUGAACACCAUAUCACAUCAGCCUUUAUUAGCUAAAAACACGAGUCAGAGUUUUACCAGAUUCCAGAGAUCUCUGUAAAGUAAAUCGUAUGUAGUCAUAGGUUUCUUCUAUUUGUAGAACUUGCAAAAAGUAUUUUCUUGUAAAAUUUCUAUUUAAUGAUUUAUUUGUUGAUUCUUGUUUUUGUUUGUUUUAUUUCUCCCUUUAGGUAAGAUGCCCAGCAACAUAAAAACCAACAUCAAAUCGGCAUCGAUGCACCCGUAUCAGCGAUGA